AUGACACGUGUAAUUCGUUUAUGUUGUGUUGGUCAUGGUAUUCAUAAUUGGUUAAUGAAAGAUUGCUUGUCUCAAACGAGGUACGUUCCAUAUUUACUAGAUAAAGUCCAAAUAAUUAUUAACAAACUUCGUUAUUGUGAACAUGAACUUGAACAAGAAUUUCUUCGAUCAAACGAAAUGAUAAACAAUGAUUUAUUACCAGCAAUUAAUAAAGCUGGAGAAAUAACAGAUGCUGAUUUAGCUUCACCAUAUACAGAUAGCGAAGAUUUAGAUGCAUUCUAG